AUGGUUCUCGAUGAGGAUAAUGAGAAACAGAUGAUCUUAUUAAGAAAAAAACGUGGAGUGGUGAAGGCCUCAUUAACACGACUUCGUAAUUUUGUAAAGGAAUUUGAUCACAAUGAACAGUCAAUCUCUCUCCUCGAGUUUCGUCAAGAAGAAUUACCUAAUAUAAAUAAAAAAAUUGACGCAGUUCAAUGUGAGAUUGAGUUAAUUACGGAAGAACCAGAGAAGGAAGAAGAAGAACGAGCAUUAUUUGAAAGGAACUACUUCGAAACAAGAUCUCAAAUGCAAGAAAUCAUCAACACCCGGAGCUCUUCAAGUACGGUAGGGCCAAAUACAUCGUUUGGAUCGUCAAGUAAUACAAACCGGGUUAGAUUGGCACCUAUACCUUUGCCCACAUUUAACGGUGACAUUGAAAACUGGGAGGCCUUUUAUGAUGUUUUUAGCGCGUUGGUUCACAAUGAUGAAGGGCUUACGUCAGUACAAAAAUUAUAUUAUUUAAGAUCCUGUUUGAGUGGUCCAGCUUUAGAUAUCGUUAGUUCAAUCCCGAUGGUCGACGGAAAUUAUGAGGUGUUUACCGAACGGCUGAAGCAGAGAUAUGACAACAGAAGCCUCGUGAUACAGACGCACAUAAGAGCGCUUCUUGAUGCACCUCGUGUAGAUACCGCUACCAUAGAAGCGUUACAAUUACUACAUUCACACAUUGGAAGUCAUGUAGCUGCGCUUAAGGCCUUAGGCCAACCAAUAGAGCAGUGGGACGCAUGGCUAGUUACCAUUAUUCUAAGGUGUCUUGACAAGAAUACGGCACAUGAGUGGCAGCUUCGACAAGAGGACUCGCAAUUACCCAAGUACAUAGACAUAGAAAGGUUUUUAGCCAGAAGAUGUAUUGCAUUUGAAAAUUCAAACUCGGAAAUACAGUCACGAUCUCAUAGUCAACCAAUGGCAACAGGCCAACACUAA